AUGGCCAUCCUCGCCCCUUCACCCGACGGCCACCCUCGCCCCUUCACCCGAUGGCCACCCUCGCCCCUUCACCCGAUGGCCACCCUCGCCCCUUCACCCUCUGGCCACUCUCGCCCCUUCACCCUCUGGCCACCCUCGCCCCUUCACCCGAUGGCCACCCUCACCCCUUCACCCGAUGGCCACUCUCGCCCCUUCACCCUAUGGCCACCCUCGCCCCUUCACCCGAUGGCCACCCUCGCCCCUUCACCCGAUGGCCACCCUCGCCCCUUCACCCGAUGGCCACCCUCGCCCCUUCACCCGAUGGCCACCCUCGCCCCUUCACCCUAUGGCCACCCUCGCCCCUUCACCCGAUGGCCACCCUCGCCCCUUCACCCGAUGGCCACCCUCGCCCCUUCACCCGAUGGCCACCCUCGCCCCUUCACCCGAUGGCCACCCUCGCCCCUUCACCCAAUGGCCACUCUCGCCCCUUCACCCAAUGGCCACUCUCGCCCCUUCACCCGAUGGCCACCCUCGCCCCUUCACCCGAUGGCCACCCUCGCCCCUUCACCCGAUGGCCACCUUCGCCCCUUCACCCGAUGGCCACCCUCGCCCCUUCACCCGAUGGCCACCCUCGCCCCUUCACCCGAUGGCCACCCUCGCCCCUUCACCCCAUGGCCACCCUCGCCCCUUCACCCCAUGGCCACCCUCGCACCUUCACCCGAUGGCCACCCUCGCCCCUUCACCCGAUGGCCACCCUCGCCCCUUCACCCGAUGGCCACCCUCGCCCCUUCACCCUAUGGCCACCCUCGCCCCUUCACCCGAUGGCCACCCUUGCCCCUUCACCCGAUGGCCACCCUCGCCCCUUCACCCGAUGGCCACCCUCGCCCCUUCACCCGAUGGCCACCCUCGCCCCUUCACCCAGCGCUCACCCUCCGCCCCUUAGCAAAGGUCCCCUCCAUCGGCCACUGCAUUAAUUUACGACGGCGCCGUGUCGAGCCUAUAAGUCUGUCUGCAACACAGAAUAUCAUCACAGAUAUGACGAGUGAAAUUGAAAAAGAUCCGCACUGA